AUGUACCCGGCCUGGGGCUUGUACGGGGCGGCCGGGCACUACCCGCCGCCCCCCACCUCCAUCCCGCCCCCGCCGCUGCCCAUCCCUCCCCCCAGCGUGCCGCCUCCCGCCGUUCCGCCGAUGCCGCUCCCCAGCUACCCGCCGCCGGGGCCCGCGCCCCCCGCCGCCGCGCCGCCGCCGCCCGCCGGUUCCUCGGGGUUCCUGAGCCUGCAGGAGCAGCACCUGGCCCAGCUGCAGCAGCUCCAGCAGAUGCACCAGAAGCAGCUGCAGUCCGUACUCUUGGGUCCCCCGCCGCCGCCAGGCCCGCCCCCGCCGGGGCUGCCACCGCCGCCGCUGCCCGGCUCCUUCACCGACUGGCAGCAGCAGCCGCCGGUGCCGCCAGUGCCGCCGCCGGUCCGGAGCUACCAGAAGCAGUACGGCCACCGUGAGCCGCCGCCGCGCAAGCCGCCCCCCGCGGCCCGGGACCGUGACGGGCAGGAGCCGCCGGGCGGGCACGGCGACUGGGGCGAGCCGGUGCCCGCCGAGCCGGUGCCCAUGGACAUGGAGCUGUCCUCGCCGCCGCAGUCCCCGCAGCCCGGCGCCCAGCCCUACCUGCCCCCCGCCCAGCCCUACCUGCCGCCACCCCAGACCGAGCCUUACCUGCCCCCCGCCCAGCCGCCCCCCGCCCAGUCCCCGCCGCUCCAGCCCUACCUGCCCCGGGCGCAGCCCUCCCAGCCGCCCCCCUCCUUCUCCGAGCCCCCGCCCUCCUACCUGGAGCCCCCGACGGCCACCGCCUCCCAGCCCUACCUGCCGCCUCCUGCCCAGGGCUACAUGGCACAUGCCCAGCCCUACCUGCUCUCCUCCCAGGCCUCUCCUUCCCAGCCCGCCCUGGCCCCCUCCAUCCCUCCCCCGGUGAAGCCAUCGCAGGCUCAUUUCCCCCCGCCCCAGACGUCCCUGCCCCCGCCCGCCGCUGCCCCGCCGGAGGCCGCGCAAGGUGCCGCCAAGGAGGGCGGUGGCACGGAGCAGCCGGACCCCUCCACCAUGACUCCCCAGGAACAGCAGCAAUACUGGUACCAGCAGCACCUGCUUAGCCUGCAGCAAAGGGCAAAGGCCCAUGCUCAGGGACAGCAGCAGAUGAAAAGUCCAGUAGUGAAGGAUGAGCAGAGAGCAAAGUCUGAAGAAGAGAAAAUGAGUGCUUCAACUCAGCAGUCUGAACCUCCUGCUCUUAAUGAAUCCCUGCCUCCAGCAUCCAAAGAAGAGGAGUCUUCUCUUACAUCCACUGAAACUCAGCUCAAUAUUGAACCUCCUGAUGACCCUGAGGAGGAUUUGAGAUUGCAGCAAUUGCAAGCAGCAGCAGCUCAAUGGCAGCAGCACCCCCAUCAGCGGGUUGGGUUCCAAUAUCAGAGAAUAAUGCAGAAGCACGCUCAGCUGCAGCAGAUAGUACAGCAGUAUCAACAGAUCAUGCAACAGCCUCCACACUUAGAGACAAUGUCAGUGGACAUGCAGCUGCGACAUUAUGAGGCACAGCAAAAACAGUUCCAGCAGCUUCAUAAAGAUUGGGAGCGAUCAAUGAACCAGCAGUGGCAGCAUCAGCUUCAAACCUACCCUCACAAAGACCAGCUUCAAGAGUAUGAGAAACAGUGGAAAGCAUGGGAUGAACAGAUGAAGGUUACUCAGUCACAUCUGCAGGAAAAAGUGACCUCACUCCAAAAUCUGAAGAAUCAAUAUCCUGCAAAUGUGUCGCUGCCACCUCCAUUUAUUCCAUAUUCCCAAACUGGUCAAGGUGGCAUUCCUAUUAUGCCUCCAACUUUACCUUCAACUACACCUCCACUGGUUCCCCCGCCUCUCUCUUCUGUUUCUCAGUUAUCCAAUUCCUCUGUCCCUUCAGGAUCCAGUUCUCAAAGCAGUCAAGCUACUGAAACACCAAGGCCAGCCCUCCUUCCCACCCCUGGUACCUAUGCAUCAAAAAUAGCUAGUUCAACUAGCUAUUCACCUUACCAUUCUCAAGCAGGUUCAUCCUUUGGCUCAUCUGACCAUGGAAAAUCUCAAGGUCAUCUUAGUAAACAAACUGUAAAUAUUUCAUCUGAACAGCAGUGUGGGGAACUGAAAGGCACUUCUGCAGUGUCUUCGACACACACACCUGUUGUGCAGGAUAAACCAGUGAGGUCAGGUGGAUUGCUUCCAGAUCCUCCCAGAUCAGCACGUUUUGAAGGCCCUAGAGGCCCUAGAUUUGAUGGACCUCGAGGAAGAGGAUAUGACAAGUUUGAAGGCUCAAGGCAGAGAGGCCCUCGUUUUGACUCCCAGCGCUCAGAAGGAUACAGGUCACGUUUCGACCGACAGAAUACAGAUGGACAGUCUUCAAGUAGAUGGGGCUCUAUCCCACGAGGACCAGCAGGACAAUUUUAUACAGCAAAUGCAUCGCAUGGACACGGUUCCCGACCUAGUGGUCCACGGUGGAUGGGGCCCAGGCCUCAUUUGGGACAGCAGCAGCAGCAGCAGCAGACACAGGUAGACUCACAGUCAGAAAGCAAAGAACCUUUUACAGACACAGCUGGUGAUCAGCAGUCUGUAAGCAGAACUGAGUCUACUCCUGACGCACAGAGUACAGGUCCCAUUGAGCCAAAUGAGGACCUGACAAACACUCAACAGGAGCCAUCCAAAGCUGAAGUCAAAGAACCUAGUUCAGACCCUCCUAAAAAGUGGACAUGGAGUUCACAUGAUCCCAACCAGCAAGGAGAAGAGUCCAAGGCACCCUCCCCACCUAUUCAGAACCAGAAUACAGUACCCCCUGCAGAAGGAAAUGAGGAUUUGGAUUCACCAGAUGGCCAGCUGACUGCUUCAGAUAGCACCCAGGGCCUACCUGGACCGGAAGGCAGAGGAAAAGGGCCAUUCAUGCAUGAAGAUAGAGGAAAGGGACCAGGAGGCAGAGGAAGGGGCCGUGGCAGAGGGCAGGGGGAUGGCCGUGGCUGGGGAAUGGGCCGUGGCCGGGGAAUGGGAAGGAUGGAUGGUGGCCGGGGAAUGGGAAGGAUGGACGGUGGUUGGGGAAUGGGCAGGAUGGACGAUGGCCAUGGCCGGGGAAUGGGCAGGAUGGACGAUGGCCGUGGUAGAGGAUAUGUAUACAGAGGCAGGGGGCAGGCUAGGCAGCCAUCCAUCCGUGGCAGGGGAGCGUUCAGGAGGGCAGACAGCAGGGAGAGGAUGCCAGAUAGACGGUCAGGCAGCAGGGAGAGGAUGCCAGAUGGACAGUCAGGCAGCCGAGAGAGGGGGCUAGGUGGACGGUCAGAUAGCCAUGAGAGGGUAUUCUCUAACCGAGACAGAGAGCCACCUGGACGGACAGGCAGCUGGGACAGGGGACGGGCAGGAAGCCGGGAGAGAGGCCCGGUGAGACGCGCCUCUAGCCGGGAAAGAGAGCCCAUGCGGCGGGCAGGUAGCCGGGAGAGGGAGCCCAUGCGGCGGGCGGGUAGCCGGGAAAGGGUCCCCGUCAGGCGGGCAGGUAGCCGGGAGAGGGUCCCCAUCAGGCGGGCAGGUAGCCGGGAGAGGGACCUGGGCAGGCGGGCAGGUAGCCGGGAGAGAUGUCCCAUCAGAAGGGGAGAUAGCCAUGAGAGGGAAGCAGGAAGAUCUGAAACAGGCAGUAUGGGUAAACCCAUUCACCUAGGAGAUGACCCUGACAAAUUGCCUCCGUACCAUCGAGAUGAAACAUUCAGGGGUUCUUGGGGUCACGAAGAUGAUACAAUGCAGGAGGAAUUUCCUUUAGAUAGUCAAGAUGACCUGUCUUUGGAGCAUGAGCAGUUGGAUGAGUGGGAAAGAGAACAAUACUGGAGAGAUCAUAACUCUGAUUAUCAGGAUGAUUCUGUACAUGUGUAUGACAGAGAUGACAGGUUGCAAUCCCACCAUUCACUGCCCCCAUUGUCUCCCCUACCACCACUACCUCCUUUAUCAUCUGAUCACGACAGACGAGAUUCGUGGUGGGAUGACUGGAAAAGGCCAAGAGAAAGGGAACUGGAGAGAGAUCUAGAUAGAACUGGAAGAUCCUCAGAUAUUUAUGAUCAAGAUUUAGACAAAGAAUGGGAUAGAGACUGGGACAUGAGACCUAUGGAUAACAGAGAAAUGGGGAAUCGUGACCUGGAUAUCCCCCCUCUACCACCAUUACCACCCCUUCCACCUCUGGACAGAUAUCGUGAAGAUAGGUGGAGGGACGAUAGGAACAGAGAUCAUUAUGACAGAGAUCUCCGAGACAGGGGCGAGCUUAGGAUUCGAGAAUAUCCGGAGAGAUAUGACACAUGGCGGGAGAAGCAAGACUACCUUCCUGAAAGGACUGACUGGGAGAGGGAACGCUUGUCAGAUAGGUGGUAUCCAGAUGAUGGAGAGAGACUGAGGUCCCUGGAUGACCACUCAGAGACAUCCCUUCCUCCCCCUUCACAUUCCUCUGAUAUGCUGGGAGCAGAUUCAAACCUGGACUCUGACCAGUCCUUGGGAGGAGUGAUGGUCCUAAGCCAAAGACAGCAUGAGAUAAUUCUGAAGGCUGCCCAGGAGCUCAAAAUGCUUCGGGAGCAAAAAGAACAGCUACAGAAGUUGAAGGAGUUCAAACCUGACAUUUCCACCCAAGACUCUCCAAGAUCACAGAGCACAAGCACAAGGCCAGGUGCCUUUCAGGAACGCUGGGAUGAGGACUCUUUCCACGGACUGUGGGACACAAAUGAGGAUAAAGGUGCCAAUAUGGAGUACGAGCUGUGUAAGCAGGAGUCCAUGAUGCCUCCCCCUGUCUCCUCACCCGUGAAGGUACCUGCUGUCCACACCUCCAUUCCACCAGCUGUACCAGUGUCCCUUUCUCCGGUUAUUCCAGCGGUUCCCAAAGCACCCAUCAUUCAGCAAACGGUGGAUUAUGGCCACGGGCGAGAUAUAACCACGAGUAAAGUGGAACAGAUUCCAUAUGGGGAGAGGGUAACCCUUCGUCCAGAACCUCUACCGGACAGGCAAACAUUUCAAAAAGAGCAUCCAGGUCGCUACAAUAGAGAAAGAGAUCGUGAGCCUUAUUUUGAGCGUCAGGGUAAUUCCAGCACAGAUCAUCGGGAUUUCAAGAGGGAGCGGGAAUUGCACAGAGACCGAGGCUCUGUGGACUAUGAACGAGAGAGGUUUGACAAGGAGCGGCAUCCCCGAGAUGAUAGGGUUCUUCCUACCACACCUUCAAGGACUCAGUCUUACCGUGACAAGAAGGACCAUCCAUCCUCCAGGCGAGGUGGUUUUGACAGACCACCAUAUGAACGAAAGACAGAUCGUCCAGCAUAUGAUCAUGGGCCUUCUAUGUUUGGAGAAAAUUCUUCUGUCCAAACACUGGAAUUUGAAGGUGAUCGUAGAAAUUACCCUGAGGAAAGGAUUCCUAUUUCUGCUCCAUCAAUGCCUCGUCAGCCACCACCUGCUCCACGAGUAGAAAGGAAGCCAGAAUCUAAAAAUGUAGAUGAUAUUUUAAAGCCACCAGGACGGGAUAGCAGGCCAGAGAGGAUUGUGAUCAUCAUGAGAGGGUUACCUGGCAGUGGAAAGACACAUGUAGCAAAACUCAUCAGGGAUAAGGAGGUAGAAUGUGGAGGACCUGCACCAAGAGUGCUCAGCCUGGAUGACUACUUUAUCACUGAAGUGGAGAAAGAGGAGAGAGACCCAGAUACAGGGAAAAAAGUUAAAAAGAAGGUGAUGGAGUAUGAAUAUGAGGCUGAUAUGGAGGAGACCUACCGUACCAGCAUGUUUAAAACUUUCAAAAAGACCUUGGACGACGGCUUCUUUCCCUUCAUUAUCCUUGAUGCUAUCAAUGAUAGAGUGCGACACUUUGAACAGUUUUGGAGUGCUGCAAAAACAAAGGGGUUUGAGGUGUACUUAGCUGAAAUGAGUGCAGAUAACCAGACGUGUUCCAAGAGGAAUAUUCAUGGGCGCAAGCUAAAGGAUAUCAGCAGGAUGUCUGAUCACUGGGAGGCAGCACCACGCCACAUGAUGCGCCUGGACAUUCGUUCUCUGUUGCAGGAUGCUGCUAUUGAAGAGGUGGAGAUGGAGGAUUUUGAUGCAAAUAUUGAAGACCAGAAAGAAGAAGCAAAGAAGGACACAGCAGAGGAAGAAGAAAGUGAACUGGGUUACAUUCCGAAAAGCAAAUGGGAGAUGGACACUUCUGAGGCAAAGCUAGACAAACUGGAUGGUUUGCGGACUGGCACUAAGAGAAAGCGUGACUGGGAAGCAAUUGCCAGCAGAAUAGAAGAUUAUCUGCAGCUUCCAGAUGACUAUGAUACACGUGCUUCUGAACCUGGAAAGAAAAGGGUACGAUGGGCAGAUCUAGAAGAAAAAAAAGAUGCUGACAGGAAAAGGGCCAUCGGUUUUGUUGUUGGACAGACUGACUGGGAGAAGAUAACAGAUGAAAGUGGUCACCUUGCUGAGAGAGCCCUCAACCGCACCAAGUAUAUAUGAAAAAGUGGUUAAGUGGAUUUUUGUGCCUUUAAGGCCAUUUGCUCUGCGGAGAAGUGAACCAAGGUGUCAUGAGCAUCUUGCAUGGGUCAUGUCACUCCCACCUUCACAGUUUUUCUUUGUUACUUUAAUUUCAGCAAUUUUCUUGAGAUACUGGCAGAUAACUGGCAGUGCCCUCAAAAAACUCAUUGAAUCCCACUAUUCCUAAGUGAGAGAGAAAGUUUACUUUUUAAUAUUUUUGGAGGGGAGGGAGGGGGAGGGUCAGUAGUUUUAGCUGCUCCUUGUGGGAUAAAGUGGAAGGAUUAGACAGAUGUUACCUCCACUGUACCAUCACAGAAUGUUUAUCACCUUUGCUCUGUGGAUGUUCUCGUUUUAUACUGUAUGUACCUUGUAGCUUAUUGUAUUAGGAAGCAGAACAAUAAAUUUCACUAUAAACUCA